UUUUUUUUUUUUUAAAUCAUGAAGUACAAAGGUUAAAACAAAGUGAAAUACUAUUACAACACAUAACUUCUAAUGGCGAAAAAGGAAUAAUACAAGAUCUCAACACACCUAGUUUCCAAAGGAAAAAUAAGGGCCCUAAAGAUGAAAAUCACAACCAUCUUAAUCGUGCUUUGGGAACUCACACUAUUAGCAACAGGCCUAAGCUGUACUUUUAAAAUGGAUGGCAGUCAAAACUUCACUGCAAAGAACUAUACUUCAGUUCCACAAAAUAUAAAUAAAAAUGUUACUCUACUUGAUCUCAGUUAUAACCAGAUCACUCUGAAUAAUACAGACAUAAGUAUUCUUCAAGCAUAUGUUUUACUAACUGAACUUAAUCUGAACAACAACAAAAUUGUCUUCCUACGUAAUAAAAGUUUUGGUAGUCUUUCCAAUCUGGAAAUUUUAAGUAUUAGCAGCAACUCCAUCAAUACAAUUGAACAGAAUGCUUUUGUAGGAUUAGGUAAACUAAAACAAUUGUGUCUUCGUCAAAACAAAAUCUCUCAAAUCAAUCCUUAUACCUUUAUGCCCCUAAAAAGUCUUAUGGCUUUGAAUUUGCAAGAUAACAUGAUAAAUUACUUUGAUGUUCCAAGACAAUUUCAACUGGAAAAAAUAAAUCUACAUGGAAAUCCAUGGAACUGCUCUUGUGGUCUACAUAAUUUACAGAACUGGCUGAAUACCUCAAAAGUAAUGCUAGAAAAUGAGAAUAUCACAAUGUGUAGCUCUCCAGAUGCCCUAAAGAACUACAGCAUCAAAGUAGCAUCUUACAAGAAUGGAUGCCAUUCAAAAUCACUCUUAACUCAAUUUUCUAAUAUUAACUUCAAGUCUUCUGCUAAUCCAACAUUUUUUCUUUAUUUUAAUGAUACUUCAGACAAUAAAACAAAAAAUGCAGAAUCUGAGCCUUCGGGUAAAAGCUGGGCCCUCCUUGUUGGUGUUGUAGUUGUGGUCACGGUAACUUCAAUGCUGAUUUUUAUUGCUAUCAGAUGCCCAACAUGGUAUAACUUUUUUUUUAGCUACAAUCAUCAUCGACUAGAUGAACAAGAAGCUGAUACAUAUGAAGGAGAUUUUACUGUCUAUCCCAAUUCUCUCCCACAAACACCAGAUACAAACCCAGAUGAUAGUAUUGUGAUAUUUGAUCAAUUAAGUUCAUUCAUGGUGGAUGAAGAUGGAUUUAUUGAAGACAAAUAUAUAGAUACUCAAGAAAUGCGAGAAGAAAAUUAAUUUUCUUCAAAAUUUAAUUCUCUGUGAAUGGACUGACAUCUUUUUUAGUUUAAUAAGGCAGAGAUUUUAUUGUGCAUCAAAUAUGAAACCACAGCUAAAUCUUCACAUAUUUGUUACAAUACACACAUACUCUCAUCACUCACAUACACUCAAUGGCCAUUAUGCAAUGUUUAAAACAGUUUUUAAGAAGCAGACAAACCCAGUAAUAAAUGGCAAAGUAGUACUCUUAAUAUGAAGCUCUCAAGCUAAUAACCUGUCAAUGACUUGACUAUUAGAUGUUGACUCAUUAACAUGUACUCUUUAAUGCUCUGGUUUUCUCUGUUUAUAGCAGAUCAUAAGUCUGGAGUUGGAUAAGGCAUCUAUACAACCAUCUCAUUUUUCCCAAGAGGACAUGAGUCCUAGAGAACUUAAGUGACUUAUCAUGGCCUAACAUCAUACAGGUUGUAGAGCUGAGAUUUAAAACCCAGGUCCUCUCACUUCAAAUUCAGCACUGUUUCCACUAUACCAUGUAAAAAAGUGCUGGUACUUGAAAAUGGUGGUAAUUGAAAUAAAUUAUGUUUUUAAAUUUAACAUCACUUAGAAAAUAUAACUGAAUGCUUUCUACUGUUCAAUGGAUUUUCCCUAACUACCAUGAUAAUUUAAGCAGUGAUUUACGUGUACCUUAUCCUGGAGCAAUCACAAAAUUAGUGGUCAUUGAUUUUAAUAAUGUGGAACAGUCAUGACUACACUGACAUACUAUCUAGAGACUAAAGUGAAAUACACAGAUACACAAAUUUUAUUUAUCUCAUUUCAUCACUUUCAAUCAACUGUUUGCAAUCAUAAAAUACAAUUCAUUGUUGUAGAUGGCUAUGAGAGAUAUGUAGCAAAAUAUACUAUAAUUCUUUACCUUAUACAAAUGAAAAAGUAAAAGAAAAUACUAUGAAAUAUAGACUUUAUUGUGCCAGUAAGAAUUAUUUAAUUUGACAGCAAUCUGCAAAAGAGUAAUUGUAAACUUAAAAAUCUGCACCAAGAAAAAAAGUUAUUAGAGAUAGGUACAUAUAUUCAAUGAUAAUUGGGUAAGAUAUUUGUCAUUUAUAAGGACAUUUAUAUAUUUUUAAAAAUUUUAAGGAUGUUUAUAAUAAAACAUGAAUAUAUGUUAGUGGAAGUCAUAUGCUAUUAGGUCAUAUUGUUAUCAUAUAUUGCUGAAAAUAAUUUAAAGAGUAUUCAGAGAAUAAGAACAUAUUCUUCCAACUAAUUUAGCAAUCUUCUAUUGUUGUUAAAUAAACAUUAUUUGACUAACUAAACAAAGAACAUCUUUAAAAUUUUAAAGGUCAUCAAUUCCAAAAUGUUUUAAAAAAUGCAUUUUUUAAAUCAAAACUAAAUCAAAAGCAUAGCUAUAAUUUUAAAUGGCAUAUAUUGAAAGAGCCAACUGGGCCAUUAAAUAGUACAAAAAGUUCCUGGAAGCUGGGCUCCUUCAAGACUCAACUCAAACAUCAUAUUAAGCCCUACCUGGUCCACAAACUAAUAGAACUUUCUUCUCUAAGUUAUUUCCUAUCUACAAUGUGUAUAUUUUGUAUAUAUCUACUUAUCCAAAUUUAUUUCCUUCCUUUCGAUGUGAUUUUGUCUUCCUCUGAAUCUCCAGUCCUUAGUUUAAGGAUCGGCACCAAGUAAGUGAGGGCUUAACAUAUGGUUACUGACUGAUUUGAGUAUCAAGGAAAAGUUGGUAUUGCCAUAGAGGUAGACUGAAGCCUACAUGCUAUUGUUCCAUGAUAUACGUGAUUUAGUAUGGUAAUGGUCACAAUCAAGCUAACCAGUAAACAUAUAAUGUUUGUAACAUAGUAGUGACAGGCAAGGCAAAAAGAUAAUAUUAAAACUUGCAUAUUUUG